GACUUACUCCACCCCACUACCUUUAGGGAAGAUCAACACACUGACCCUACUUUAGAGCGUAUGCGAAGUGAGGCAGGAAAACCCCCUAAUGAGCGGUGGGAACAGAUUGUGUGGGAGCAUGGGUUACUCUAUAGGAUUGUGAAGGGGGACCCUGACCAGCCAUGGAAGUGUUACCGCCAACUUAUAGUGCCUCAGAGUUACCGCGCCCAGCUUCUUCAUAUGGCACAUGAGAUUCCCCUAGCAGGACACCAGGGCGUUACCCGCACCCGACACCGUUUAACCCAAAAUUUCUACUGGCCUGGUGUCUCUCAGGAAGUGACACGGUACUGCCGCACAUGUGACAGCUGUCAGAGGACUGGCAGGGCAAAUGACAAACCCAGGUUUCCCCUUUGUCCCUUGCCCAUCAUUAGUGAGCCCUUCCAACGGGUGGCAGUUGAUCUUAUUGGGCCCCUCAGCCGGCCAAGCCGUUCUGGGAAACAGUAUAUUCUCACUGUAGUUGAUUAUGCCACCCGAUACCCAGAAGCGGUAGCCCUGCGUAAAAUUGAUGCUCCUACAGUGGCUGACGCCCUAAUCCAGAUUUUCAGCCGGGUGGGCUUCCCUAGUGAAAUCUUGUCAGACCAAGGGCCCCAGUUUACAUCCCAAUUGCUUCAAUGCCUGUGGCAGCGUUGUGGGGUCAGGCCUAUCCACUCAUCCCCAUACCACCCACAGACAAAUGGUCUUUGUGAGAGAUUUAAUGGGACACUAAAGUCCAUGCUACGGACCUUUGUGGAAUCGGGUGAGAAGGACUGGGAGCGUUAUUUACCCCAUUUGCUGUUUGCCUAUCGAGAAGUUCCCCAAGAAUCCACAGGAUUCUCUCCCUUUGAACUGCUGUAUGGUCGGAGGGUCCGUGGCCCCUUAGAUUUACUCUGUGAAUAUUGGGAGGGGGCCCCACAAUCCCAAGAGGUCCCCGUCAUCCCCUAUGUGUUAAAAUUCCGCCAGCGUCUGGAACAAAUGAUCAGCCUGGCACAUAACCACCUCUCUGCAGCUCAGCAAAGGCAGAAGGUGUGGUAUGACCGUAAGGCCAGGGAGCGCAGGUUUGUGGAAGGAGACAAGGUGCUCCUCCUAGUUCCCACACGGCAUGAUAAGCUCCAGGCUGCGUGGGAAGGACCCUAUGUGGUGACCCAUAAGCUUCAUGAUACAACAUAUGUGGUAACCCCUCCCGAUGAUCCAUCCCACUAUAAGACUAUCCACAUAAAUAUGAUGAAGCCCUAUCACGUAAGAGAGGAUAUUGUUAGUGCCAUCUGUAGUCUCCCAACUGAAGAUACAGAUGACCCCCCACUCCCCAACCUUAUUGGAGAGGUCACUCCAGCCAAGGGUAUAGACUCAGUCACCAUAAAUCACCACCUUACCCCAUCUCAACAAGACCAGCUUUGUCAAAUUUUGCAUUCCUUUUCUCCCAUGUUUUCUGCCAACCCAGGUUGCACCCACUGGGCUGAACAUAAAGUAGACACAGGAACUCAGUUACCUGUGCAUAGUCCUGCUUAUCGAGUGGCUGAAGCUGUUCGGCCCGAGGUGAAAAGUCAAAUAGACGAGAUGCUGGCCCUUGGGAUUAUUACUCCUUCCCAUAGUCCGUGGGCUUCCCCUGUGGUGCUGGUGCCCAAGAAGGAUGGGAGUACCCGAUUCUGUGUGGACUAUAGGAGACUCAAUGACGUGACAACCACCGACGCUUACCCAAUGCCCAGGGUAGAUGAGCUAUUAGAUAGGCUGGGAAAUGCUAAAUAUUUAACUACCCUGGAUCUCAGCCGUGGUUACUGGCAAAUUCCCCUUGCCCCUAGUGCCCAGGAAAAGUCAGCCUUCAUCACCCCAUUUGGUCUGUUUCAGUUCACAGUAAUGCCAUUUGGCAUGAAAAACGCCCCCGCCACGUUUCAGCGUCUUGUGAACAGGCUGCUGGACGGAAUGCAGGACUUUGCCCAGGCAUAUCUGGAUGACAUAGCUGUCUUUAGCCAGACCUGGGAGGAGCAUAUGCAGCACCUCCAGCGAGUGCUGACACAAAUUCAGAAUGCUGGGCUCACCCUUAAGGCAGAAAAGUGCCACCUAGCUAUGGCCGAGGUACAGUACUUAGGACACAGAGUUGGGAGUGGUCAGCUCCGCCCUGACCCUGCUAAAGUGGAGGCAAUUUGCCAGUGGCCUAUACCUAAAACCCAGAAGCAGGUAUUAGCCUUCUUAGGAACUGCAGGUUAUUAUCGUAAAUUUAUUGCUAACUAUAGUACUAUUGCAAAACCCUUGACAGAUCUGACAAGCCGCAAGUGUUCUCGAACCAUUGUGUGGACCCCAGAAUGUGAAUCAGCCAUGAACACUCUCAAACAAGCCCUGGCUAACUCCCCUGUGCUGGCUGCCCCAGACUUCUCACGACGCUUCCUUCUGCAAACGGAUGCUUCCAAUUUUGGCCUUGGUGCUGUACUUUCCCAAGUUAAUGGCCAUGGGGAGGAGCAUCCAAUUGCCUACCUGAGCAGAAAGCUGCUCCCUCGAGAGGCUGCCUAUGCCACUAUUGAAAAAGAGUGCAUGGCAAUUGUAUGGGCCUUACAGAAGUUGCAGCCCUAUCUGUAUGGCAGGGAAUUUACUGUUGUUACAGACCACAACCCACUCAGUUGGUUACAGAGAGUUUCAGGAGUCAAUGGAAAACUGCUGAGAUGGAGCCUCCUGCUUCAACAGUAUAACUUCACCAUUCAGCACAGGAGGGGAAAAGAGCAUCACAAUGCAGAUGGCCUCUCCCGACAGGAGGACUAAGAAACCAGCAGUGGUUCCUGAGGCUCUCCCUAAGAGUGGGGAGCCCCAGAGAAACCACUUGUUCCCAGGAGGGAGAAAUGUGACCAAAAACCCCUUCUACUGGCCCCAUUUUACCUAUAGUUUACUGACUAGUACACAUACAAUCCAAGAUGGUGGUUCUUUGUUCUACUUUCCCGCCAAAAAGCUUGAAACAAAGGAGCUCCCAGGAUUGCCCUCCAGAAGAGCUGGACAAACCCCUCCAAGGUAUUUCCCCCUCCCCUCAUGAUGCUGCAGGGCCCCUGCCAAUCAGACCUGCUUGGGUGGGGUUAACCAGAAGCAGGGCCGGCCUCCCAGCCAAUCAACCCUAGGGGGUGGGGAAAAGGGCAGGGUCACCAGAUGCAGGGUAUAAAUACCAGGGGGAAGGGGGGAGAGGGGUUGUUGUUCGUUUGGGGUGUAACCUGGCUGCGGCAGGUCACCCUCCUCUGCGGUUCCUUGGAGUUUAUCCUAGCUGAGGCAAGAAGACUCCCUCCAACAGUUUGGAUCUCCCUACCUCCCAGAGGACUGUUUAUACCUGGAUCCCCUUGAGGUAUGGUUAUUCUGUGGAUUCACCCAAAGGCACUUUGCUCCUUACCCCUUUGAAAUUGCCCAAAGGAACUCCCUGACUUUGGAUUGGCCUGGAGGGCGUGUGCAUCUUGGAGUGGAUUGCUCCAAGGGAGGCUCUUUAUUUCGGACCAGGAGUGUUUUGGGACUUGGGGGAGUUCACAUGCUAAUGCCGUGUUCCUGAUCUACUGUUUGUUGUAUAUCGGAAAUAAACCCCUGUGUAAACCCCU